GUGAAUCGCACCGUGCGGACCGACGUCGUCGUUCGCGUGCCACGUACACACACACACACACAUACACACACGCGUGCGCGCGCACCACACACUGUCGUCCGCGAAAAUCCAACGCCCGCCGCCGCGAUAGUGAAUCAGUGAGACGCCACACGGGUCAGUGUUUUAGGUUUUUUUUUCGUCGCGUUUGUUUCGUUGAAAAUUUUUACGCACUCGGUGUCGAUCGUUUUACCGUCGGAAAAUUUUUUUAAAAUUUUAAAAUAAUAAUUGCCGCGCGCGCUCGAAUUCGCCCGUCGCCGUUAUCUCGUCCGCGCGCGCCACCCGCGUGCUUGUGUGCGAAAUAAUCUCGGUCGCGUCGCGCUCGUGGUUUUUCCUUUCGACCGCGACCAAGGUAUAAUAUUAAUCGCUCAUCUUAUCCGCCUACCGUCCGUUUCGAAAGUGUCGGUGCCGUUGAAAUCCGGUCGAGUUCCCAUCGUCGGCAAUUUCGAAUAAAAUUCACCUUCGUCCAGCUGAUGCCCGCCGCUGACUCGACUUCACUUCUGCCGGAUUGACCUUCGUAAAUUGACAACAAGUGGAUUUUUGAAAAAUUCUUCUACAUCAAUAACGUGGUUAUGUGAAGUGGUUUCAUAGAGCCUAUAGGAGUUUUAUCUGCACGGAUACCGCAUAACCUUACAUCAAAGUUGAUCCCAGAACAGAUAAAUAAUACAAGUGGAUCAUCGAAAAUGACCACGAACAUGGACGAAAAUUUCAGAGUGCAAUUAACAAUAGCCAUGCGGUCCAUUACUAUUGCGUUCAGCUGAAGUAGUAAUAUUAUGGACUCGGGAUUUAGCAACAUGUUGGAAAACACUAGGAAAUACUUCCAAGGGAUCCCCACGGACGUGGCCUCCACCGCAGCAGCAGCUGCAGCAGCAGCAGCGGCCGCCCAACUGCACUUUCCGCCGCCGAUGCCCCCGUCGCAUCAUCUGCACCACAACGGCGGCGGAGGUGGCCGGUCGUCGAUGAACUCGUCGUCGUCGUCGUCGUCAUCAUCGUCGGAACCGUCAUCGGCGGCGGCCACAGACCGGUUCCCGGGCUAUCACCACCCACACUUACGGUACAACUUUCAGCCGUACUCCUCGCCGGGCCACUACCCGCGCACCGCCGUCGACCCUAAGCCCGCGGCCUACCAGCACCACCACUUUCAGCCGCCGUCGUCACUGCAAUACCACCACCAACAACAACAACAACAACAACAACCACAACAACAGCAGCAGCAGCAUCACCAUCAGCUGCCGCCUUCCGCAUCGUCGUCGUCGUCACCGCCGUCGCCGUACAAGUCGCCGUACACGCUGCAACCACUGCAGCCACCGCCGCUGACUGUUAAACAACAACAACAACAACCGCCUCCGUCUCAGUUCAAACCGAUGUCGGCCGCUCGAUCGUCACCGCCCGUCUCCGCCGCAGGCAAACAGUACUCGCCGCCGAAACCGCCGCAGUCGCCAUACGCGGUGGUGUCCAAGCCAACAUCCGGUGCGCCGCAGCCGCAGUCGCCGUUCACCGCGCCUAAAGAACAGCAGCCGUCGGUGCCCGAGACUCCACCCCCUUCGCCACAUUCAUCGCACUACUACAAUAGGACGACGCACAGUGGCCUGCAACAGCAGGCCAUCGACAGGGAUUACUUGCGGUUUAAGCCCAUACAGACUCCACCGCCGCCACCCAACAGGUUUCAACCGUUGGAGAGGCCAAAGUCGGAAGUGCCCGUGACCAGCGGGACGGGACUGCAGUCCUCGCAUUUGGCCAUCAGGUAUGACCCGAAACUCGAGCAGCCCCGUAGCGGUGUCAGAGCGGUGCCCAUAGCUCAGGCCAAGCAACCGUCAUCAUCGUCUUCGUCGACCACGGCGGCGGCACAGCAUGACGUUAACCGAGUGAUCGUGCAGAAACCCGAACCGUUACGGUAUAAUCAUCAGCAGCAGCAACAACAGCAUCAGCAGCAACAGCAACAGAAACAGCAGCAGCAGCACCAACAUCAGCUUAACAACAACCAUCCCAAUAGAUCGUCGACGUUGUCGGACGACCAUCAUCAUCACCAUCAGAAACGACCGGCCUCCGUGCAGCCGUCGUACUUGGAGUCCAGGCCGUUCCAGAUCAAGCCGUAUGAUGGGGGCAACAACAACAGCAACGGCAGCAGUAGCAAUGGCAGCAGCGGCAGCGGCCAGUCGUCGUAUCACAGGCCGUUCACCGUGGCACCGCAACCACUGCCACCGUCUUCGCAGGCCUCCGCCGCCAUUAUCGUGUCCGGCAUGGACCACCACCGUUGGGCCGCGUUCGACGGCCGAGCGCCACCCUCGUUCCUGCAGCAACAAUCGUCGUCCACCUCGGCGGCUGCAGUCAUCAACGGUUACCACCAUCACCACCGGCCGCCGCCGCCAUCGUCGUCGUCGCUUCCGGCAACCGUGGUGUCUCAGCACCAUCAACACCAUUCGUUGUCCAGACAACAGCAACAGUCCCAACAUUAUCCGCUCAACUUGCACAAGCUCACGCAGCCCGCCCGGCCGGCCACUGCCGCCGGUCAAUUGCAACAGCCGGUGAAAUCGGGCCAAGAAAACAAAACGGCCAAGCUGCGAUUCGAGACUACGAAACGCGAGUCUCCGUUGGACCUGUCUGUGAAGACCGUGUGUCGGUCGGCCGACUCGACCGACGACCGGUUGAAUCCAUUCGGGCACGACAUACCCAAAGUGAACUUCAAACCGGACUUCCACAGGUCUCUACCGGGUACGGCCACAACGGCACCCCCGCAAAGCGCAGUUGUCGUCGUCGGCGGCCAGCAGCACCAACAGCACAACAACGCUGCCACCACCGCCUACAACCAUCACCAUCAGUUCGCUCCUCAGAUAUCGUUUUCCCUUCCACCGCCAACGCCGCUACCGCCGCCGCCGCCGCCGACCGUGGUCGUAGUGCAGUCUUCACCGCAGCAACCGUUACCGUCGGUGGCAGCCGCCCCGACGACUCCACUGCCGCCGAUAGUGCGCUCACACCACCACCCCCACGACAACAACCAUCAAGUGCCGCCGCUGUCGUCGGCCGACGAAGCUUGGCGGGCGGCCAUCGACAGGCAGAUCGAACAGAAGUUCAACUCUUACACUUCGUCCAAGAAACAUCAUCCCCAUCCGCUGCACCAGUAUCAACAGCUCCCGCAGCACCUGCACCAUCCGAUUCCUCCAACCGCGAUGCAGCAGCAGCAGCAGCCUCCACCGCCACCGCCGCCGCCGCCUCAACAAGGUCCCGCGCAGGCCGACAAGCGCGUGUUAGAGAUACUCAAGCAGAACAUCGAGGCGCGCGACCAGAGCAGCCGGCCGCAGAUCGCCGAGGCGCCGUCCACGCCGGCUAUGGUGUUUUCGACGCCCAUCCGGAAGGAACCUUCGACCACGCCUCUCAAGAAAACCGACUAUUACAUGGCCGAGCGCACGGCCGUCACGCCGUUCCCCAAGAAAAUCGACUACUACAUGGACAGGGCGUACUGCAACGCUCCGAGGAUCCGGACCAAAGCCGAGAGGAAACAGAUAUCUGCUGAAGAAUCGUCUAGUGGCACCAGGAUGAGCAGCCCAAUGGCUGCUGCAACUGCCAUAUCACCUCACCCAUUUUUGCCAUCCAAUAACGGCGCACCUCAAGCAAAACAAGAACCUACUCCGCUCACACAAACUGAAGAAGUUAUAGAUCUCAAGCUCGAUAUCAAACGAGAACCGUCGCCCAUCAAAGAAGCAGAUCUGAGUUUGUUAACUAAGGAAGAACCCGAGAAAGAUGAGGACGACGAGGACUUCUGGACGAACACGUGCAAUUCGUUUGUGGUGCAGUUGGCCGAAACCCAAGAAAAGAAAAAAGUCAAAACGCCAGUUAAAAGGAAAUCGGCAAAAGAAUUGCAACCACAACCCCCCAAGAGAAAGUACACAAAACGAAUAAAAAUCGGACCCAUUACUGAAACCGAUAAAGACAAUAAAUCAUCAGAUGUUCGAAGCACGUCAAAAUCAGCUGAAGAAGUGAAAUUGGAAAAUUCUCCUCUCUCAGGAAAUGUUAUUUGUGAAGAAACUUCGCAGAAAGACGCAGAACCUUUGGAUAUGGACAAAGAAAAUAAAACAAAGCUAGAAGACCUAGAAAAGACUGUGGACGACACUAAAAACAAAGAAGACAACGAAGAAAAAUCAGCUAAAGGAAAACCCAGAAAAAAACGACUCUUUAAGCCAUUGAUCGCUAAAGUCAAGAAAAUAAAAAAAGACCAUAAAAAGGAGCUAAAAUUGAAAGAACUGAAAAAAGAAACGAAAAAAGAAGAAAAGAAAGAACUGAAAAAGGCAGAAAAGAAAGACAAGGAAACAGUUAAAAAAGAACAACUUCCGAAAUUGGAAAAGAAAGAGCUUGCAGCGGUAGCAAAAGAAGAGAAGAAAGGACUGAAAAAAGAAGAAAAACGCGAUCUCAAGAAGGAUCAACAACAACCGGACCACGGUAACAAAAAAGAUUUCAACAAGAAAGAGAGUAAAAAAACUGAAGCCACUCGGAAAAAAGUUGUGGUGGAAAAGGAAAACCUGACAAAAAACACUGAAAACACGUCUAGGAGAUCUGCCGCCGCCGCAGCAAUCGAAGUAGUCGGCAAGAUUAAUCCCAGGCAGUCACUGAGGCGAAAGAAUUCGCUGAAAGACUACUCGUUCGCUUUUGACGAGUUAUUGGACGACGCGUUUGCACAUUUUGAGACCGUUAAGAUACCAGUGAAAAGAAGGCGGAAGUGCGCGUCUCCAUCGCCGAGCCCUGCUCCGGCAGUGGUUGCCGCCGCGGUCGGUGCCACACAGGUGAUCGCUGUUGUCAAGAAGGCCAAAGAGAAGGACAACGAAACGAUCCGGAUGCGGUUGAGGUCUCGGAACAGACCACUGCAGGCAAAGCAGGAACCACAACAGACAUCCUCCAAGAAGAAGGCCAACGCAAAAAACAAAAUCAUUCCAAAGAGGCGGCGAAAAAAGUCGCUUGGCGAGAAGUCUGCACAUGCCGCCACCGUCGUUUCGACCACGGAGGACUGGAAGGACGAACUUUACAAGUUCAAGAGGUCGUUGCGCCUUCCGUCCAAACUCAUAUCGGUAGUGUCACCGCCGACCGCCGGAGCCGUAGCCGCCGACCAGGUGUCGUUGACCUCCAUCAUGAACAUUCCACCGCAUUCAAAGCCGGCCAAGGAGUCCAAAGCAGCCAAGUUGGCGGCGUGCCAGUCGUUACAAGCGGUCGGACUUGGUGCAUUAACUGGCAAAAACAAGCCGAAACGGUUGGUUGGCCAUAUGUUCGGGCGCCGGGAUGUUAUGUUCAAGGGACGGCGUCUAAUGAAGCGUGAGAAGAUCGUGUCCGCGGAGAAGUUGAUGCAGCGAAACUUGCGGAAGAGACGUCAGCGUGAGGACGAGGUGAUGAAAAAGGGGUGUACCGGCGAAGAGGUCACCGCAUCUCACCUUGACGAUGAAGACGAGGAGGAGGAGGAGGAGGAGGAGGUGCAAGCCGUUGUUGAAGAAGGCGAUGGUGGUGCUGGAGGUAGUGGUGUAAAACCACCGGCGCGCAUGCUGUUCAAACGGAAGUUGAUGCGCAAAAAGUUUCGGUCGGGGUUCGAUUAUAUCAAGAAAAAAAAGAAGAAGGAGCCAGUGUCGGACAAGAAACCCGCUACCUUGGUGACCCCCGCCGCCGCCGCCUCCAUAUCAGUUCCACCAAGCGCGCCACGCUACGUGUCUGAAAUCCAUGCUGAGAUCAAAGGGUGGAUAGUCAACAAGGGACACGGUGAGACAGUACUCCACCGAGCUGCCAGAUUAGGUGUCAAUGAUGUCGUGGGUUAUUGCAUGGAAAAACUCGAGUACGCCCCAUCGGUGGCCGACAACGCGGGCUACACGCCGCUGCACGAAGCGUGUUCGCAGGGCCAUUAUCACAUCGCCAAGUUGUUGCUCCUGUUCGGGGCAGAUGUCAGCGCCAGCGCUCAAGGAGGCAUACGGCCCCUACACGAAGCUGUAGAAAACGGCGACGUGCACCUGGUGCGUCUGUUGCUCAGUUAUGGAGCCGACCCGCAUUUGGCCACGUACUCGGGACAGUCGCCACUGUCUUUGGCCACAGACAUGCAGACCAGAAUGCUACUGGAACAUCAUGUCAACGACGUUCAAGGCUACGGCAGCGCGUCCGUGUGGAAUUUCGAUGACUCCACACUGACCCGUGAACCCGAGGACGUAGACCGGCUGCUGUGGAGUCUGCCGCCUGCCCCAUCGCCGGCGCCGACCGACGACGGCCCGUCGUUCGAGUUCGAGUUCGCCGACCAAUCGCUACCGGACGUUUACAAGCUGCCCUCCGACGGAGGCGCUGACGACCGCAAGGCCGCCGGCGUCGACGACGACGAUUGGGUGCUGUUCGCGGACGUGUCGACGGCGCUGUCCGUGAAGACGGCCGAAGCGCUCGCCAAACUGUUGGACGACGAGAACGCCGUGACGGCCGUGCCGGCGGACCGGUUCAACGAGCGCGCGGUGCUCCGGAAAUCGUUGGGCCGACAACCAGUCGCGGUUCCGGCCACCGGCGCAGCCAACAAGUCCAGUGCCGCCGAACGUCCGUCCAAAGACAAAGACGACGACGACUCUGUAGCCACGAAGGAAGCCUCUUCCACCGCGUCGUCCACAUCGGCAUCCACCUCCAUAUCCACUUCCUCCACGACCACAGUCUCCACCGCCGCCGCCGCCGCUACUACUACUACCUCCCCCGUCUCCUCCUCCACUUCAUCGACAUCCGGUGGCGAACAAAUACUCAUGGUCCGUUACGACCGCAAACUCAAACAGCUGUUGGGCGUGGACGUGUACACAGUGAGUUGACGUCGUCGUCAUUGUCGUCGUCAGCAUCAUCAUCAGUAAGGCGGCCGUGCGCACACAGGACGAGUUACCGUGUUAUGUUGUUUUUAUUAUUUUUUUUUUUUUUUUUUUACUACUAAAUUUAGGGAUUGCCAUUUGACAUAUUUUUCAACUUUAUGUUCAAGCAACAUUUCUUUUUGUACUUAAAUAAGUUACCCAAAUGUUUUUUUUUUUUAUUUCUUAUGAUGCAUUUUGAACAAUUUAAAAAAGGUUGACAAUUUAUGUUUUGGUUGGUUAGUUUUUAAAAUUGGACACAUUAUCCGAACCAUCGGACGUGUUUAGUAUUAUUUAAAAAGUUUUCAUUAUGUUAUUUUAAAUGAUUUUGGUAUACCUCUUUGUUAAUGUUCACAUUAAGUUUUUAAUUGAUGUUUGAUAUUAUUAUGUAUAAAUAUAUUAUAUUUACUUUUUUUUUUUAACAGCUGUUUUGUUUGGUAUUUUUUUUUCAUGUGCUAAUAUGUAUAUUAUGUGCAAUUUUAUUAUUCAAUUAUUUUAUUAUUACUAUGAUUUACUAUCAUUAUUAUUUUAUUAUAUCUUUUUAAGCAAUUUAAAUGAAUUUAAAACGCGACAUAUUCGCUUUUAAUAUUACAAUUCUUAGCUCAUUUUGUUUCUAAUGUAUACAAUUUAAUAAAACAUAUUUUUAUCGUAAUAAACAUUCUUUUUUUGGUGUAU